AUGACUGUCGAACAAUCAGCUCGGGACUUGCAACCUUCUGUCUACAAAGAUCGCACGCGUACUAAGCCCACCUCUGUCCUUGGUCUUGCAGGGGAAAAUCGCUUCGUCGCCGCAAUCGGACCCAUACCUUUCGAAAAAGAAUACAAAUGUGCCCCAGCUUGGGGAUCUCACAAUGCCACUGUCGACCGAGACAUGUCCCCUGAAGGGAUUCUACAUCUCUUCAAGACCUCUAUCGACAGGGAGGUGGAAAUGAUCAUCGCCCACCUGCGACAGGAGCUGCUGGCUCUCCAUGAACGUUUUCCACCUUACGAUCAUAGCGAUGCCAAUGCACACGCGUCAUUAGAGAACAUCCUAACGCACUGGCUCGGAAACUUGGGGCUAGACUCCACGCUUGCGCAGCCUGUUGUCCCAAUCAACAACAGUGGUACCCCUCAGGUGUUCGAUAGUGUCCGGCGGGCAAGCGAUUUCAAAAAAUCAAGUGUGGGGAUCUCAAAUUGA